AUGAGAGCCUUAUUUUCAAAGACUAAGGAGCCUAAAACUCCAACUUCACCAUCUUCGCCAAUGACUCCAUCCUCCUCAUCUUCACACUUGAGCAAUUCCAAUACACCAGAUAAAACUCUCUCACCACUCGGUAGAAAGCUAUCUUUCACAUCAAGUUUUCAUACUCCAAAGAGGAAGGAUUCAAAUAGUACACACAUGAGUCCUUCUGCCCUCUCAACAAAGGAGUCCUAUCAUAUGGCCUUCUGUGAGAAUACACAUUCUACACCAAUAAGAAACAUCAAUAUGGAUCCUGCUACAACAACAGAGAAGGAUUCUAUUUUCAACAAGUAUGAUUACGAUGAGGAUGGUAAUAUUUUAGAUCCACUGGUAUUAUUAAUGGAUAAGGAAGAUGUUUUUAUUGCCUCGUCAACAUUUGGAAGACAAAAGGGAAAUGAUUUUGAGGAGUGUAUAUUAGUGUUUGGAAAAUUAAACAUGUACAGAAUUAUUAAGGAUGCCACAUACAAACCAAAAUUAUCAGAGAUGGAAUUGGAAGUGGAUGAAGAAAUCCAAUCAAGAAAAGGUUCACUUAGAAAAGUAGCAAGAGAGGAAGAAUUUGAAAGACUUGGAGCAAAGGAUGUCACAUCACUUCCACCAGAGGAUGCUAAAAAUCCACUCUUUAUAAAUGACAAUGUAUUCAUUCAAACGGAUAUUACAGAACCAUUCGAAGGAGUUGGAUACAGAUCAAGAUGGGUGGUUAAGUGGAAGAUUCCUUGGUGUAUGGUAAACUCAAUUCAAAAAUGUGAGACCAAUGAUAGACAAUUGGAGAUUAUAUUACAUGUAGUGGGAAGUGCAACUGGAUUUUCAAAAAAGGAAUACAUCUGCACAUCACCUGCCGAUAGAGAAGUGUGGUACUUUACACUUUCGAAUGUUUUCCAAGCUUAUAAUAAGGAAUAUUUUGAGACAAUGAUUGUUCAUGCACCAGAAGUUUAUCAAUACCAUCUCUUCCUUCAAAAGGGAGAUGAUCAAAAACGAGCCAUUGUUUUUUCAAAUAAGAGACUUUACAAUGCCAAGAUGGCCAUAGGAGAAGCUGACGAAAAGAAAAUUAAAUUGAGAUAUGGUGUUCCUAUUGAGCAUAUUAAGUUCAUUAAGAGAUUUUCAAAAACUCCAAACGCACUCUGCAUUGUUUUCGACAAGAAAAAGGCAUCAAAAGAUAAGAGUACCAAAGGGUCUGUUUCAGAAAACUAUGUCUUUACAACAAGUGAUGAGAUUACAUGUCUUGAGAUGAUAAAGGAAUUAGCUAUGGUUUUUCACAUGAUAACCAAAACAGAAAUUACAUACGAAUUCGUUGAGGGAUCAGCUACCAAGGGUGAUACAGAGUAG